AGAGAGAGAGAGAGAGAGAGUGUGAGAGAGGAGGUAAAAAGGAGAAGGAAUCGCUUCACCGUUCACCCCUUGUUCUUUAUAUUGAAAAUAAAUAAAAAAUAAUAAAAGAAGAAAAGAAAAAAACAAAAGCAAAAAUCUUCCACCAGCUUUUCCUCUCUCAUUCCUUUCUUUCCUUUCUCUCUUUCUUACUUUCUUCCGUCGCGUUCUACCACCUCUCUUAUCUCAAGGAUUCUUUUCCCGAAAUCCCCUCGAAUAAUCGUUUUAUUUUUUCUUCGGAUAAAUUCGAAUCGGUUUGUCUUCAGAUCCGUGGAUAAUCUUCGAAUUUCUGCUUUUCUUGCUGAUAAAUUCUGGGCAUUUUUUUUUUGUUUGGUUUCCGCUGUUAUAUUUUAUAGUUUUGGUUAGAGAUUUCCUUUUUGGGGGGAUUGGGUUUCAAUCGAAUUCGAUCUUUUCAGCAAUGUCGGUUGACGGUGCGGGAAUUAGGGUUUCAAUUCGCAGCUGGUAAGCAGAGAUUUAGGGUUUGUUUCCUCUGGUGAUGUAGAUUCUGGGAUCAGUUUUUGUUUGUAGUAGAUCGGCUUUGUUGGAUUUGGGAGGAGGUUCAGGGGUUCUGGUUUGGUGGUCGAUGAGGAGGAUCGUUUAAUCGGUAAUUGUUGUUUUACGCGGUUUUGCGUGCGCCCCUUAGCUGGAACCUAAGCGAUUUGAGGGAAUUUUUGUUGAAAUAUUGAAGAAACGGAAGGUUUCUUUGUUUAUUAGUUGCACUGUGAAAUUUUGCGACUCUGUGGAUCUCUUGUGAGAUAUAGGGAUAUUAGAGGAGGAUUUGAAGACGGAUCAUUGAGGGUUCAGUUAUUUAUGUUUUGGAAGGGUGAAGAAUUUGGUCGGAAUCUGAGCAAGGGAGAGGCUAAGGUUGUCAUCAUAUUUAAGCGAUUGGGUUGAGGUCUUUUUAACGGGAUUGAAUCAUGGAGCAUGUUAUUGGUGGGAAGUUUAAGCUUGGGAGGAAGAUCGGGAGCGGAUCUUUCGGUGAGCUAUAUCUAGGGGUUAAUGUCCAAAGUGGAGAAGAAGUGGCUAUCAAACUGGAAUCUGUGAAGACUAAGCACCCUCAACUUCACUAUGAAUCAAAGUUAUAUAUGCUUCUUCAAGGAGGAACGGGAGUUCCCCACCUGAAGUGGUUUGGAGUUGAGGGUGAGUACAAUGUAAUGGUUAUUGACCUUCUUGGGCCAAGCCUGGAAGACUUAUUCAACUACUGCAAUCGGAAAUUCUCAUUAAAAACAGUUCUGAUGCUUGCUGAUCAAUUAAUUAACAGAGUUGAGUAUAUGCACUCAAGGGGCUUUCUUCACCGUGACAUAAAGCCUGACAACUUUUUAAUGGGUUUAGGGCGUAGAGCAAAUCAGGUUUAUAUCAUUGACUAUGGCCUUGCAAAAAAAUAUAGGGACCUUCAAACUCAUAAGCACAUACCAUACAGAGAAAAUAAGAAUCUUACAGGAACAGCUCGAUAUGCAAGUGUUAAUACACAUCUUGGAGUUGAACAAAGCAGGAGAGACGAUCUGGAGUCUCUUGGUUAUGUGCUUAUGUACUUCUUAAGGGGAAGUCUUCCCUGGCAGGGGUUGAAAGCCGGCACUAAAAAGCAGAAGUAUGAUAAGAUCAGCGAAAAGAAGAUGCUAACUUCCAUAGAGGUGCUUUGCAAAUCAUAUCCCUCAGAGUUUAUAUCAUACUUCCACUAUUGUCGAUCAUUGAGGUUUGAGGACAAACCAGAUUAUUCAUACCUGAAGAGGCUUUUCCGUGACCUAUUUAUUCGAGAAGGCUAUCAGUUUGACUAUGUAUUUGACUGGACCAUAUUGAAGUAUCCUCAGAUUGGUUCCAACUCUAGAUCACGGCAGCCUAGUGGGAAACCAGCCCUAAAUGCAGGCCCAUCCAUAGAAAGACCAGAGAGAACUUCAGUGGGACAAGAAAUUCGAGAUAGAUUCUCAGGUGCAGUUGAGGCAUUUGCUAGAAGAAACAGUUCUGGUAUUGGUAUCCAUGGGGAUCAUUCCAAACACAAGGUUUUAGAGGAUGCACCAUCUUCCAAGGAUGUUCAUCCAGAUUCAGAAAAGGGACGACCUUCCUCUCGAAAUGGCAGCUCAAAGAGGGCUGUCAUCUCAAGCAGCCGGCCUGGCUCCUCUGGUGAGCCAAGUGAGAACCGGCCAAGCCGUAUGGUCUCAGGCAGUGGCCGUCUGUCUACUACCCAAAGGGUCCAACCUGGGUUUGAGUCCAAAUCAUCUUCCUUAUCUCGUGCAGCCGCCACAAGAAGUGCUCGUGAUGAUACUUUUCGGAGCUUUGAGCUCCUGUCAAUUGGCACAGAGAAGAGGAAGUAAAGGAGAGAGCUAUCUGGUAAGAAGAGAUUACUUCUACGCGAAAGGGAAAAACACUCCCUCUUGCUGCUGUUUUUCUGAGUAAUGAGCAUUUUAUCGUUCCUCUGUAUAUGCAAAAUAUCCCAUUCAAGGAUUUUCAUCAUAGCUGGAGCUCAACGGAGUUCCUUUUUAAGAACAAUUCCAGUAAGCUUUUUUUACAGGCACAGCCAUUAUAAUGUGUUGUAGACUUCACCAAGAAAGAGAAAGCUUUCCAUUUUAGGGAAUUGUUAAUAUGUCUGAGACUUGGAUAGUUGUAAUAAUAUUGUUAUUCUUCAUA